GAUGUCAAAAUCAAGAUGCGCUUUGUAUUGUUGGUUGCGUUAUUGGUCGGCUUGGCUGCACUUACCCCGCCAUGUUCCACAUGUACUUGCCAUACCAAUCCACCAACUUGCAAGACUGAGCCACCCGCUUGCAGGACUACGACACCAACUUGCAGGACUAAGCCUCCAUGCACCACUGUGCCACCAACUUGCAAGACUGAACCACCAACCUGCAAGACUAAGCCUCCAUGCACCACUGUGCCACCAACUUGCAAGACUAAGCCUCCAUGCACCACUGUGCCACCAACUUGCAAGACUAAGCCACCAUGCACCACUGUGCCACCAACUUGCAAGACUGAACCACCAACCUGCAAGACUAAGCCUCCAUGCACCACUGUGCCACCAACUUGCAAGACUAAGCCUCCAUGCACCACUGUGCCACCAACUUGCAAGACUGAACCACCAACCUGCAAGACUAAGCCUCCAUGCACCACUGUGCCACCAACUUGCAAGACUGAACCACCAACCUGCAAGACUAAGCCUCCAUGCACCACUGUGCCACCAACUUGCAAGACUAAGCCACCUCCAUGCCCCACCACUGUGCCACCUCAGUGCACCCCCACUGAGCCAACCGCUGCACCAUCUACGGUUCCCUGUGAAAAGUCCACUGUUAAACCACGCUGUACAAAGCGCACCAGGCGACCGCAUGGUGGGAAGACAACCAAGUCUCGUUCGAGUAGGAAAACCAGCAGACGAUCACCGUCCCGAUGCACCAAAAAGAUAGUUCAUCGUCAUCAUCAUCAUCAUUAUCAUCCGGCAACGAAAUCAGGAUCGGGAUGUGGAUGUGGGUCAAAAAAUGAAUCGGGUGGUGGAGGAAUCGGGUGUAUUUUGAAGGAUCUGCUAACACCAAAGUGCCCCAACUCCGAACCGAAGCCUCAGGUGCCGUGCAAGCCUGCACCCAAAUGUAACCCCAAACCAAAACCAAAAGCCACAUCUAAACCAAAGCCAAAGCCAAACCCAAAGCCUUGUGAAUCCUCCAAGAAGCCCGGAAAAGCGCAGCCAAAACCAUGUGCCACCACCAAGAAAGCACGGAAGCCACAGCCACCGAAAAAAGGUUGCUAAAAACAGCAAA